AGAGAAAUCACAAUCACAGCUGAAGCGUCGUGGAAUUGAAAAACCCUAAAAAAGAGAAGAACAAGGUUUUACGAUCGGAGAAGAAGGUAGCGAUCAUGUUUCCAGGAAUGUUCAUGCGAAAACCAGACAAGGCCGUGGCACUGAAGCAGCUCAAAUCUCAUGUCGCCAUGUUUGGAACAUGGGUUCUUGUUAUUCGUAUUACCCCUUACAUUCUUCAUUUUCUCAACCGCGAGAACGAGGAACUCAAGCUUGAGCUUUAGAUUCUCGUAUUCAUGUGUUCUUGAGGAUAUGUGCAUGGGUCAUGGAGAGAUUUCAUCUAAUAAUGCUUUUAUGUAACCCUGAAAGUUGUGAUGAUAGUACCGUUUAUAUGUUGUUUCAUUGACAAGCUUAUGAGAUUUUUUUUACUAUGUUUGGUUCAGUUUGUUGUUGUACAAUGAUAAGCUGAUAACCCCAAUUGCGAAACAUAGAUGAUUGUUUACUUCUUUA